UCAAUCUGUUGAUAGGCGAGUCGAAUCUCGCGCCGCCUUCAUUUAGCUGUAGACACCUAGCUUGUACAGGUCAUAGAUUUUUCACAGAACAUAGCAAGUGGAGACGGGCAACAUGACACAGUUUGGAUCCCUUUACGAUGCCCUUGGGAGAGAACUCUCGGUCAUCACCAAGGGAAGUGCGCGCUUCGAGGGGACGCUGACUUCAUUCAGUCUCCAAGAUAGUACGAUUACUCUGGAAAACGUGUGGUGUUUAGGAACGGAAAACCGACAGGUCGAACAGACCAUUACGCCAUCACCGAACCCAGUACCCAGUAUUACGUUCGACGGAUUGUCACUCUCCUCAAUCAAAGUUUUAAAUCCAGAAUGUCACAUGAACCAAGAUCCAGCCAUUGUCUCGAUAAUUCCAAACUCGCAAGUGUCCAUUCGUCCACCAAAACGCCAGAUUAAUAAUUCCGUAAUGAGUCUGUUUGGUGUCGGAGGCCCUCGUCAACGGCGCGUCGACGUCAACCUUCUCAUGAAGGAAGCAGCUUCGAAUGGAAACAGCUCCAUCAAAGGCAACCAAAGGAAGCAGAAUGGCAGCCCUCAGAAACAAGUUAACCGCAACAAAAAUCAGAACGCACAUCGCAACGGAAAUCAAAAUCAACACCGGAGCCAACGACGAGCUGCGAGCGGCAGUGGCAAGAACAAGAAACAGAUUCAGGCCCGCAACGCAAACAAGAACUCGCGCCAUGUGUCCUUCACUACCGAUUCGCUUUCGGCAGGCAGCUCAAACCGCGGAAAUCGCCAAUUCACGCGUAUCCCACAGAUUCCCGCUCAUCUGAAUCGACGUCAGGCUGACCGAACACCAAAUUCGCCUUCUCGAACCCAGCGCAGGCAACCCGUUGGCAAGUUCCAAGUAUCGGAAAACUCGACAAAGUUAUACACAGAUGACUUUGACUUUGAUCAGGCGCACGAGAAGUUUAAGGAGCUUAGCAUCAAAGAUGACAGAGCCAAGGGAGAUGCAAAGGAUGACGGCAAAGAUAAUACAAAUAGUGAUUCUAUUCACGAUUUAAAAGAGCCUGUCUAUAAUCAAGAUAAAAGUUUCUAUGACAAUCUAUCGAUGACCACUGAGACUGAAGGACACCAACGCCUCACGCGACGUCAGAUGAUGCAGGCGAAUAAAGAAACUUUCGGUAUAACCUAUUUACCAGGACGCAGAAGUUUCUUCCGCGGAAGUUAUUCACGCGGUAAUCGCAGACAGUUCCAACGGAUGGCGAUGGCUCACUAAGAAAAUGGCGACUCACUUUAUUCACGCGAACGGAAACGGUCGCUGAUACAUUACCACGGGUCUAGCUAAGUUCCCUGACAACGAGCGAAUCUCCAUUUAUCAAUAUACCAAAACUUAAUCAUUUCCCUCGUUCAGCUCAGGAGGUCUUUGUUGUGGUGGACAUAUAUCUAAUUAUAUACGCGUUUAUUAUUGUUAGUGUGAAUAACGGCCCGGUUUUACCGGUAUAUUUUUGCUCCCCAUUAUUACUUUCUUUAUCUACCUAAAUUUCUGUUGAUGUAACCUACUGUGUGUAGCUCUUAAGUGGCCUUAUUUGUAGUUUGUGGAUGUCUCAUUUGCCAUAACUCUAGUCGAUGGAUUCGGCUGAAAUACUUCUAGAGUUAUCACGGCCUGAUUUCCCUCUGGGACCGUUAAUAACCACCUCCUCGCUUACCUUUCCCUGAGCGUGUUACCAGUGACCCAGACCCAAGCUCCGGUGAACAACGAUAACUAAAGUAGAGCUGCGAGACGUGUGCUUCCAUAUCACUUUUUACCCAGUAGUACCCAUCGGACUUUUUUCUCGCUUGCAACAACGAUCCGACAUCAGCCACUAACAACAAUUCCAUGAUGUGUCGACUGUAUACAGGGUGUCGCGAAUGUUGUUGAUCGGUGGCUCGAUUAAUGGGUCUUCAAUCGAAGAUGAUGAUAAUAAAUAAUUAUGAUAUACUUAAGUUAUAUCUACUAAAGAAAAAUUGCUGUCUUCCGUUUAGGACAGAUAUGUUAUGUAGUGAGAUUGUCUUUCUUUGACAAUUCAUCCACUGGCAACGAAUAGGGUAGGCCAAAUAGGACAACACAUAAGAUACAUAGGAGCAGCGUUGAGUACGUUGACAUAUUUAUUCUGUAUUUCUGAAUACUUAAAAAUCGUUCUUUAAGCAAGCCAUUCAUUUUAAGUGUAACAAAGGUUUUUUGGAAUAGUUUAUUGUAGAUAAAUCUGUAAGUAACACGCUCUUCAAAGAGGGGAAACGAUUGUACAUCACGUCAAAUAGCUUACUGGUAAAGCUUAAUUAACCUAAUAAACAAACGCUUUGAUAGUAAGAUAAUGAUCUGCUUCAUGAAUACAUUCGAUAGACAGAUGAAAUUAUAUAGUAUAAAUACAUAACAAACUGGAAACUAUGCUUCUUACUAUAAGAAAUUUUACUGCAAUUUACAAUGAAGCGAGCCUGUUUAGUAAGAUUGUAAGAGUACGGCAACAUUCAUAAAAGCUAUCAAUAAAUGUGAUACUAAUCAAUGAUACAGGAAGAAUGCCUGUGUCUGCUAUGAGACUUGGUAAGAUAUAUU